UAACUACUGUAUCUUUUUUAUAAUUUUUUUAAUGGUACCCUACAAAAUUUUAUUUAAAAAAAGGUAUCUCCAUCACUUUUUUGGAUCGCUAAAGUCCAAAAGAGAAUAAAAAACACCUGAAAAAAUGCCAAAGUUAAAACCCACGAUUUCAGGGAAGCAAAACGCCAGUGGUUCAACAUGCUGCGAUUUAGCAAAACCGCCAAGGAGCUGAAAAACACCAAAAAAGAGUGAAAAAAACACCAAAAGGAUAAAAAAAACACCAAAUUGAAAAACGCCAAGUGGAAAAAGAAUUUUGCGAUUUCUCAUUGAUUUACAGCUAACAUCUGGCCGCAGCGUUUUUUGGCCGAAAAAACACCAUGCGGAAGAAUUGCCGUUUUUCUGGGCGUUUAAAAAAACAAACAAGUAGAAACUUAGCCUUAUACAAGUCCAAGUUAAAGUUGUCCAGUUGCGCCUACCGCAUCAGGUGACACUCUGCCUGGCACUAAAUAGCUGCACCCCAACUAUCCCGCAACAACCCAUCCACCCUCCUCAGAAAUAAAAAAAUAUUAAAAACAUACUAUGCCGCACCAUGAAUAUCCGUACUCUGGAGGGUUUUUUGUUUAAUUAUGAGCCUGCAUUUUUUGACUGUGGGCGGAGUCUUGCGUCGCUGCGCUGAGACCGGAGUUUAUGCAAGGAAGAAAGACAGCGCAGCACCAACAGGCACAUAAACAAUAGUGAAGCCUCGGUAUGUUUCCCACCCCCAAAAUGUGCAUGAAGCUGUAUUACUAUAGAUGUAACUUUUUUUUAAGGAAAAAUUGUAGUGCCACAUAUGGUUUAUUUACGUAGUCUGUAUAAAUUCUUACACAAUAAUUUUGUGCCUUAUUUUAUUUUAACAUAGUAUAAGAAGAUGGAGCAGUGGGUGAGUAUGUACUACAACCCCCCUUCCCCCUCUCCAUCCCUCUUGCUCAUCCAGGGGUCCCCUUUCUCUCAUAUGCCCAGCUCCUCAGCCACCAUUACACGUGGCUGUGCUGUGCCGGACCAAGCGCUAUAACAGCCUUGGCAUGUCACAUCUGUUUUUAUCAGUUUAAUAUCCUUUUCUAGGGAUGGAAUCGUGGGCCGCUUUAUUCCUUCAGUAACCCUGUGCGGGGGGCUGCUUUAGACUAUCAGUUGAGGUAUGCCUCUGGCGUAUCUAUUUUCUGAAGGGUUCUUACUCUGUCAGGGAACAUAUACGCAUCAACGUGGCGUGUUACUGCCAGGGAUUUCUCGAUCCCUCGGAAACUGUCGGGGAUAUAUUCAGUGUCUACCACUGAGUGCCAUGCCAUGUCAUGCCCAUCGUGCCCACAGCCGAAUUCCAGUCCCUCCCUACCGAGGCAAGACACUGGUCGGGUGCCCUCCCAAGAGUGUUUUUUGUAUUCCUGGCAGUCACUAAGGACACUCUGUCAGGUCCGCCAGUCACGCAUCAUGGGGGUGUUCUGGCGUGUCAUACAAUAUGAUUCCCUCCUCCACAGGCUGCUGCAUCUGCCGCUAGGGCUCUGGAUCCUCCCGUCUAGUGCGAGGUCUCUGUGGAAAUGUCGCUGUGUGGGCAAGGAUUGGUAUUGAUGUCAGUAUGCCAGACAGUAGUCUCUGUCACUCAUCUCUCAGCUCCCGCUGGCACUCUGAUACCCCACUGCUGAUGCAAGGUGACGAGGAGUGACCCUUUGUCUACUAUGGACUCAUACCAGUAAGCCAGACAGUGGUCUGCGUGGUUUCCUCCAUCGCCUGCCACUUAUUACACAGAUGAUGUAUUUGCGGCUGGAGUUCCGGUACCCCACUGCUGUGUGUGGUGUCUGAAGGAGUGACCCAUUGGAUACUAUGGACCCAUACCAGUAAGCCAGAUAGUGGUCUGCAUGGUCUCCUCAGAUGCCUGUCACUCAUCACUCGUCACCACUAUAGGCCCUAGAUAGGAUACACCUGAGUGUGGGAGAGAAAAACGGAGAGACCGACACAGGCGCCUUGUGCGUUACCACUAGACAGGAAUAACAGAUAAAAACAAACACAGUGAACGGGCAGGAAUUGCCCCUUAGGUAAUGGCCGCUCACCUUGAGCGAAUAAGGUAUUCGCAUAUAACCCACACCGUGGGUGACAGAAGGAUCGGAACUGCUGCUGAGCCUGGGUCCCAGGAAAGGAAAAGAUCCGAUCCUGAUUGAAGUGGAGGCGGAGAAGGAAAAUAUGACCCUUACAGAGGCGCUGCUAGUUCCAGAGUAAUGUAGAAGCCAACCAGAGGUAUUGGUAAAACACCGGAGUGGUUUAUUAGAGCAUAAGAAGACAAUGAAGUACACAGAUGACGCGUUUCGGGGGAGCAACCCCCUUCCUCAGAUCAGUGUCAGUGGCUCCUCAGCCUCCCCCGGUCUCCCAAGGUGGCGGGGAUACUAUAUAUGGCUCCUAGGCCUCUCCUCUCUCCCACAUGCGGCAGUGGGGCACAGUGAUCGCCUAUCUGGCUGUCCCCUUUUCAAGCGCCUGGAAGUGUACCUAUUCAGCCAGACUGUUGUCUGCAAGGUCUCCAUCGCCAUCGGUCUCCCAUAUCUGGGCUGCCACGGGCUUGGCCAGGUUUCCCGAACCUCUCUGCUGGUGUAAGGACUCUGGAUGAGGGUCCCUGCAGGUACUCGGGACUGAUGACAGUCAGCCAGACUUUCAUCUGCUGGGUCCCUUACACCGCCAGGUCGCUCAAUAGUUCUGUCGUACUCCAAUACCCCACUUUCUGUAGGGGGGUUCGAUGGAGUGUCCCUGAGCAUUCAGGAAUCCUAUACCAGUCAGCCCGAUGGUUGUCUGCAUGGUCUACUACUACUACGUCUAGUCCACUACCAUACACUUCCCACACCAUGGACGGUAGUUCAGGUUAUCCACUGCCAAGGUAUAGUUACAAGUGAGUCUCCCAGUGUUGCUCCAUAGGCCCUAUACAAUGCACUAUAUACUGGUUCGCCGGGUUCCCUCCUUUACCAGGUUCCUCCCUACAUGCCUGCCGCUCUCACGACUGAAAGCUGGUAAGCCACUUUCUGUGUGUGAUUCUGUCUACAGUACCUGCUGUGGCCAUGGUCCCUAUGCCAGAUAGCCAGGUAGGUUUUCUACCCCGCCAGGUCACCUUCCCCAUUCUUGCCUCUCCUGCAGUUACAGUCCGGUGACUCAUUUUCCAGGUGAAGUUCCAAAGAAUGUCUCUGUGGUUUCAUUGGAUCUUUUAUACUUGCCAGUCAGACUGUGUCUGCCUGUUUCCUGCUCCACAUACAUUGUUCAUCUCUUGCGUCUGCGACAGCAGUCCUGGUGUGUGGCGCCAUUUGGAGCUGGGGUGUGGGCGUUUCCUGCAGGUUCCAUAGACUUUCACAGAAAGAGCAGCACUCUCUGUUCCAUUUUCUAAGGGUGCAAUUCCCGUGAAUUCCGUGGCCUUCCCGUGAUCUUGUUUCCACAGGUUUAGGCGGUCGAACACCUCUGCUCUGGCAUGGGGCAUGAUGGGGCGACACAGUCGGUUCAGCCCCCUCCAUGCCUCCAGGUAUCUGUCCUGGGUUCCUGUGUAGGGUGGCUCAGACACCAGCUCUGUCACCUAGGAAAUGACCCGAAUUGCUCAAUUGAUGCCCUUCUGGUCCAGGGUUACACCACAAUGAGGUGUUCCUCUAAACGCUUUAGGUGUGUGUGUGCUUCUUACUUCCAUUCGUAGUCAGGACUCAAAUUAGCUUCUCCAUUCCUUGAUAUAUUGUUGCAGGGUUCCUGGGGACUACGUCCACCCAGUACUUUGUCCCCUUACCUUCGGGCAGCAUUUCACUUCUCCUAUAGUGCCUAGAGCACUUUGAUCAUCCCCCUUCCACAGGGGGUACUGAGAUCAGGGAGCUUGGCAUGGUCUGGGCCUGGGCCUGGGUUUUCCCCUCCUCUAUAUAGGUGGGGUACCUGGCUUGGCCCUUGUUUUUUGCUGAGAGCAAUCAGCUGAGUUGUGCACUUUUGCAGCCUGGCUCUCUUCCUUUUUCUUGGUUAUCUACUGCUGCUAAUACAGACUUGGCACUCUCCUCUGUUGGAGGAGUUUAUGCACUCAUGUAUGGCUCGGCGACAGACGGUCUAGCACCGUCUGUUGUUUGGGUCCUGCCAUUGCUAUCCUCCUCCCUCGAUGCAAUCUCCCUGGAGGGGUUUGAUCCUCCUUCCUUGUCGGUGUCAGUUGUGCUACACUGACACCACAGUCUUCUCGCGUAACCUACCCUUUUGUUUCCCCCUCCGUUUCCGUCCUGACUGGAUGUUGCUUCAGUCCGCUCAGACCGCUGAGGUUCAUGUCUGGUUAGUCUUUGUGACACUAUCCUAGUAUGCUGUGGUGUGUCUUUUCUAGGUCGGCUCUUCUGGUUCUUUGGGCCUUAUGGCUGGUUGUGGUGUCGGGCAGGUUAGCUCUCCUGCCCCGACUUCUCCACGGUCCCGUUUGUGGGGCAGUCUUUCUGUACCACACUUCUUCUUGUCUAAACGUAGAAGUUUGUCACCCGGAGCUUUUCACGGAUGUUGGGUUUACUUACUCUACAUCUUCAGUACGUCUUCCAGGCAACUCGGGAACCUCCGUUUCCCAUGUCGGAUGCGCCGAUGUUCCAGGUUUCCCCUUUUCAGGGCAUUCUGCUCUCUUUUUGGCCUUAUUCCUUCCGUAUCCUCCUUUAUGGGUCAAUGUACUCCUGGGGCAGUUGGUGUUUCGGUCAUCCGGAUUACUCUACUCGAGCUUCUUUCUCCUCCCAGGUGCUCGCGGCGGGCCCCUGGGACAGAGGUUUUUGGUCUGCAGCUGUUCUGGUCAUUGAUUUUCUGCACCUCUCCACAGCCUCUCUACAGCCAGUCUCCAUCCUUUUUUCUUUUUUCCAGUGUUUUUUUGGUCUCCAUCUUCCAUACUCGCCUUCUGCUCAGGCGUACGCCGCUCUCCCUGUCUUUUUUUCUGCCAUGUUCUCUUGACUUGGUUGACUCUGGAUGGGGUUCUCUUGUUUGUGCCCUCUUCCAUUUUUGUUUCCCAGCCUGGUUAGCCCUCUGUCUAGUUCUGUGUUCCUUGGAGUUGAUUCCUACCUCCUCCAAGAAUGGUUCCGGCCCUUCUGGCUUCCUAGUCAACCUUUUCUUGUCUCUCUUUAUGGACCGUAGCUUUGGAGUCCCUACAUAGAACGGUCUCUUCCUUGGCACCUAGUCCUUCUCCAUGGACGUUCUUCUGGGAGCUCAGUUUGUCGGCCUCGAUUGUCUCUGCUCGAGUGGGUUCGGUCUUUGGACUGAUUCCCUUUUUGCUGUUGGUUUGUUUUUCCCUCCCUAGGGGACUGCUUUCAUAAGUCCCAUCAGUAUAGGUGUCUCCCAAUGAAGAGCGACCAAGAAAAGGAGAUUUUUUUUUGUACUCACCGUAAAAUCUCUUUCUCGUAGCCUUCUUUGGGGGAUACCAAACCCACCCAUUUCUUCAUUCUUUGUCCGGAUUUUCUUUUCCGGUUUUUGUUUUUUUCUCCAGGAUUCCUUUCUGUGGUCCUUCAGAAAUAUUUCUUUGUUGGCUUCUCCUACUGCUUGGUGACAAAACUGAUUACCUCACUUCCAGUAGGUGGGUGUAUCCUGCCAGGGAGGAGCCGACUUUUUUUCCUAGUGUCAGCGCCUCCUAGUGGCAAGAGCAUAUACCUAUCAGUAUAGGUGUCCCCCAGUAAAGGCUACGAGAAAGAGAUUUUACGGUGAGUACACAAGAAUCUCCUUUUACUGGGUAUACUGCAUAUUGUAUAUAUUGUCUUUUUACCAGCGAGUAGACCACAAGGGCCCAGCAGUCUCUCUUCUAUUACAUCUAUCUUUUAUUUACCUGCAUACACCCUGUUCCAAAUUAUUAUGCAAAUUCUAUUUUCAGUUUAACUCAUGGAUGGCAUUGUGUCUCAGGGCUCUUUUGAUCACUGAAAACAAUAGAUUGCCAGGUGAGCCCAAUUUAAGGAAAAACUACUUAAGCAGAGCACCAUGUUCAACAAUAGGGGGAAGAAAAAGGGUCUCUCUGCUGCCAAAAACAGUGAAAUAGUUCAAUGCUUUGGAUGAGGAAAACAUUAAACAUUAGAUUUUUUACGAAAACUUAAGCGUGAUCAUCACACUAUUAAGCAAUUUGUGGCUGAUUCAGAGCACAGACAGGUUUGCGCAGAUAAAGGCACAUUGAGGAAGAUUUCUGCCAGAUCCAUGCAUUGGAUCAAGAGAGCAGCUGCUAAAAUACCAUUACAUAGCAGCAAAAAGAUAUUUGAAGCUGCUGGUGCCUCUGGAGUCCCACAGACAUCAAGGUGUAGAUUCCUCCAGAGUCUUACAACUGUGUAUAAACCUUCUAUUCGGCCAUCACUAACCAAUUCUCACAAGCAGAAACAGCUGCAUUGGGCAGAAAAAUACAUGUAGACUAAUUUUCAAACAGUCCUGUUCACUGAUGAGUGCUGUGCAACCCUGGAUGGUCCAGAUGGAGGGAGUAGUGGAUGGUUGGUGGACGGCCACCCUAUUCCAUCAAGGCUGCGAAGUCAGCAAGGCGGUGGUGGAGUCAUGUUUUGGGCCGGAAUGAUGGGAAGAGAGCAGGUUGGCCCCUUUAGGGUCCCCGAAGGUGUAAAGAUGACCUCUGCAAAGUAUGUGGAGUUUCUGAUUGACCACUUUCUUCCCUGGUACAUAAGGAAGAACUCUGCUUUCCAUAAUAAAAUCAUCUUCUUCCAUGACAAUGCACCAUCUCAUGCUGCAAAGAAUACCUCUGCAUCAAUGGCUGCUAUGGGGUUAAAAGGAAAGAGAGUCAUGGUGUGGCCUCCAUCCUCCCCUGAGAACCUCCUAUUAAGAACCUUUUGGAGCAUCAAGCAAAAGAUCUAUGAGGGUAGGAGGCAGUUUAUAUCCAAACAGCAGCUCUGGGAGGCUAUUCUGACAUCUUGCAAACAAAUUCAAGCAGAAAUUGUCCAAAAACUCACAAGUUCAAUGGAUGCAACACUUGUGAAGCUGCUGUCAAAUAAGGCUACGUUAAAAUGUAACGUGACCGUUUAAAAAGUUAAAAUGUUGUUAAAAGUUUUAUUGAAAUAGCUUUUAAUUUCAGUAAAUAUGCUGCAAACACAACAAAUGACAAUUUUCAGUUCUUUACAACCUAUAAAGUGCUUUGAAACUUGCUGUGUGUAAUAUUUGGAACAGUGCAUUGUUAGUUUUUAUGUUUAACAAAAUACUGUUAUCAUUAGGAGGUUUGUUCAAUACAAUUUGAAUUGUUCUCUUAAUAGUUGAUAACAUGAGAAUUAUGCUGACUGUUAUUUACAUAAAUUAUUUAGGGUAAUGAGAAAAAUAUUUUCAUAAUAAUUUGGAACAGGAUGUAUAUUGCUAAUUUUACUGUAAAUAAACAUAAUUAUUAUCCUUAUUAACUUAGAGGGCUGCCUUUUUCUUUUUUUAAACUCUAAACUGACCAUCUCUUACCGUGAACUUCGGUCGGUAAUUCUUCAUUUUUUCUCCGGUGAAGCUCUUACUUUUAACAAAUAAUCACAUUACAUUAUAAGGUAAAAUGAAGGGUGCCAAUGAAAAUCUAAACAAGUCCUCAUACGGCUCUGUGGAUGGACAAACAAAAAGAUAUGGCUCUUAGAGGGUGAAGAAAAGGGAAAAAGUUGAGAAAAUAACCUUGUCUGGUCUUUAAGGGGUUAAGUCAGCUGCUUUAUACAUUGCAGUCCAUUCUGGCCAACAUCCUAAAACCGAUUACAAACUUGUAACAUAGUGAAGUUGGUGACACGCCAGCAUAAGGUCAUGUGAUUUACGAUUAAUCAUUUGCAGAUUUCUGAUAGGACAUGAAGAAGGAGACAUAAAAAUAUCCUUCCUAAAUUUGUCUACUGACAUGGAACUAUCAUCAUGAGAUAAUAAGAGCUACCUAUCAAAUCUUGCACACUGCCAUCAUCUUCGUGGACAUCAAUUCAAACAUCUGCAUCUCUCCUAAAAAACUCUCCAUCAGAAAGGAAGAAAAAGAGUUUCUUGUUACUACCUGUUCUACCCAUUCACAAUCCUAUCUGUAGCACAUCGCACCUUACUGUCACUCAAUUGCUAAUACCGGAUGAAUGCACUUCGGACAAACACAGCACACUGUACUUUUCCGAUCUACAAGUAUAUCCAGUGAUAAAACCACUACAAGUGACUUUAGCUUCCAUCAUGUGGCUCUCUCUACUGGCACUGCUGCUUUUCAUUUUCCUGUACAAAUGGUACAGACAAAACCUGAAAAUAGAAAAUCUAUCGGAUAAAUAUGUGCUGGUCACAGGAUGUGAUUCAGGAUUUGGGAACCAGCUGGCAAAGAAUUUGGAUAAACUUGGAAUGAGAGUGCUGGCAACCUGUUUGACUGAGCAGGGAGCAGAGAACCUGAAGAAGGAGACCUCUAGCAGACUGCAGACGGUAAUCCUUGACAUUGCAAACAGUACUAGUGUCCAGUCUGCUGCUAAAUGGGUCUUUGAUGUCCUUGGCGAAAGAGACCUUUGGGGCUUGGUAAAUAACGCUGGAACUGGGAUGCCUGGAGCCCCCAAUGAAUGGCUAUCAAGAGAAGAUUUUGCAAGGGUUUUGAAUGUAAAUCUACUUGGUCCUAUCGAUGUGACUCUCAGACUUUUACCUUUAAUCCGCAAAUCUAAAGGCCGCAUAGUUAAUGUGUCCAGUAUUGUUGGAAGAGUGACUAUAUGCGGGGGAGGGUAUUGCAUUUCAAAAUUUGGGGUUGAAGCAUUUUCGGAUAGUCUGAGACGUGAAAUGAAGCCCUUUGGAGUACAAGUCUCUAUUAUAGAACCUGGCUAUUUUUAUACAGGACUAAAUAAUAUGCAAUUUAUGAAGGAUGUCCUGAGAACAAUAUGGAAGAAUGUACAUCCAGAAGUCCGUUACAGUUACGGACAAAAAUAUUUUGAACAUUAUGUCCAUGAUCUAGAGAGUACAUUUAUCUCCCUUGCCAACACUGACCUAACGCCUGUCACAGACUGCAUGGAGCAUGCACUCACUGCCGUGUAUCCUAAAACACGCUACUCUGCAGGAUGGGAUGCCAAACUUUUUUUUAUUCCACUUUCUUAUGUCCCAACAGCGUUGGCUGACUAUCUACUUACCCGGACAGCCCCAACUCCAGCUCAUUGACUGUAAUAAAUGCAGAAAAAAAAAAUUAAGAUGCAUAUAUGUAAAGGAAGCCUUACUCCGAUUGAUGCCGCCAUUCAGGAGAUACAAGAAGUAUUAUGCUCUGUUUCUAGUACGCUUAUGCUUUUCUUUGCGCAAUGGAGGUGGGAGCCGGUAUACAGUGCUUCCAUCUCUCUGUCCCCUCUAUCCUCAUUUUCCUGCCCACUGAGCAGUCACAUGAUGAAGGUUCCAUAUAUUCAUGAGGUGGGCGGGCAUAUUGGAGCAGAUGGGAAGGAGGCAGGGAAGCUCCCACCUCCAUUGCGCAAAGGACAAGAUUAAAGCAUAUUAGCAAUAAAAUGUAAUACCUCUUGUAUUAACUGAAUUGCUGCACCUAUUAGAGUAAGUUUUAUAAUAUUUUAAUAUGGUUCACCCGUACUAUAACCCUGUGUAUUGGGUUUAGUGCAGGUUAAUCAGCUGUCAGUUUCCCUUUAGCAAUCAUAACGUUUUUGUAACAUGCCCACAACUGUAAAUAAUAACAAUAAGUUACAGUUAAAUAGUGAUAAAUGUCCGAUUGCCGUGAGCCCCACCACUGGGAUCCCUAUAUAUCACUAGAAUGAGGGUCUGGAGCCCCCACUUCCUCUUCACUGAAUGGCUAUCUUGAAGCAUUAAAGGGGUUAUCCAGGUAUAGAAAAACAGAGCUGAUUUCUUUAUAAAAAA